AUGUUUCCCGCAUAUGAUCGGGAUUCUCCUCCACGUCGUAUUGCCUCACCCGAUGAAGAGAACGAUUUCAGUGGUCGUUUCGGUUCUUUUGCCUCGAGAUCAAAGAAAAAAUGUGAAAAUAAAGAGCAACGAAGACGUGAACGUCAGGAAAAAAAGAUAAAAGAAAAAGCGAAACGGAAAAAAGAACUUGAACGGGAGCGGAUGUUAUCGCAGCAUUCUAUCAAAAUAGUCAGCAUCAAUUCAGAUGAUGAAAGUGAUAUCGAGGUACCUAUGGACACUGUGCCUAUUGUAAGUAUGAAACAAAAAAGAAAGUCAAAACACUCUUCAAAAAAAAGAGACGCAGACGAUCCACUUCCUCAUCAUCAUCUUAUUCAUCGUCCGAUUCAUCGAGAGAUAGCUUCAGUUCGAGUUCAAGCGAAAAUAAAUAUACGCGACCUUCAGCCCCGCAAAUACUUUGUCCACGAUUCAGCUGAUCCAAAAUCAUUAUUGAAUUUAUUUAUCCCGUUAAAACGCUUACCGACGAAGAUGGCAUGA